AUGCAUCAGCAAUAUAAUAUCAAGGGGGUGCCGGCCCGGGAAUCCCGUACCGGGUUCUGGGUAUUUACUUGUUUCCUGCCAUAUUUGGGUCGCACUAUUGCGCACUCGCAUCCUCAUUACCAGCAAACUACUUUGCCGUGGACUGACAACACAAACAAUAUUGAAAAAUAUAAAGUUGGGGAAGACUUGAUACACUCCUGUGUGAAAGUCCAUGGACUUCCAGCAUGCACCCCUCAUAGCAAUCCGAACCCUGAAAGCGGUGGUGAAAAUAGUGGCGAAAAUGAAAGCAGCACAAAAGCGAUAUCACAAAUGCAACUCAAAUGCAAACAAGCUGGUUGUGAGACACAGUGGACACGUGCCUGA